AUGAGUAUUAUUAAAAAAGUUUUCCCAUUAUUGUCGUUUAUAAUAAUUAUAUUAAGAUAUUAUCAGUGUAAUGGCAUAAAAUCUGACAUACGGCAUCAUUUAGGUACUCGUACGCCAUAUAGAAUUAAAUGCAACAAAGAUGAUUUUAAGAUAAAGUUUCCUAAUUGUAAAGCACACAAAAUAUGGAUGCUCUUACGCCACGGCUCUCGUCUCCCUAGCGCAAAAGACAUAGUAGGAGCACAAACAGUUUUACAAAACUUGAAAUAUGAAGUGCUAUUACAGCAUAACAUGGGAAAGGGACUUUUAAACAAGGAGCAGUUGCAAACAUUUGAACAUUGGACCUGUGAUAUGCCACAAAAGUAUGAUAAUAACAGCUUCCAGUUUAGAUAUACAGCAACUCAAAGAACACAACAGAGUGCAAAAUAUUUUUCUAUUGGGCUGUUUGAUAAAAAUAAUGCUCACAAUGUUGUCUUUGAACCAGCCCUGAAAGUAGAUAAUACACUCCGGUUUUACAAAGAUUGUGACAGGUGGAAAAAAGAAGUCAAGAAAAAUCCUGAAACUUUUAAGGAGCAAAAAUUAUAUGGCAUUAGUAAAGAAAUGAAUGAAACAUUAUCAAAUGUUUCUAAAUAUUUGGGUCUUGAUAGGGUGUUGAGUUUGGAUGUGGUAUCACUGAUGUAUAAAAUUUGUGGCUAUGAAACGUCAUGGCAUAAACAUUUUGCAUCACCGUGGUGUUGCCCAUUUGAUGCUACAAGUAUUCAGAGAUUGGAGUAUUAUUAUGAUUUAAAACAUUACUGGAGCGAUGGGUACGGACAUAAUAUGACUUUACGUCCGGCUUGUAUGCUUUUGAAACAUAUGUUUCAUACUUUACGGAAUGAGAGUCGAAAUGCGACAUUUUUGUUCGCCCAUUCCGGUACGCUGUUGAAGUUGUUGGCGCAUCUUCAGUUAUACAAACCAAAAUCACAUUUAAGGGGUGACUAUGUUGAUGAUGAUAGGACCUGGAGAGCUUCCAACAUAGAUUGCUUUGCAUCGAACAUAGCCUUCGUCAUGUACAAAUGUAAAGAUGGCGAUAAAGUUCUAACUCUACACCAAGAAAGAGUUAUAAAGCUGCCAAUGUGUGAUAAGGAGCUAUGCCCGUUGACACUUCUAGAAGAAUAUUUUCAUAAUUCUAUACACAAUUGUAAUCAUGCAGAUAUUUGUAAUGUUUCGUAA